UUAUCUUGGGAAACAGCCACCAAAUUACGUCAUAUUCCUGCGACUGUUUACAUCCGACAUAUGUGCGACACCAUCAUGGCUCUUUUUCCAGCUUUUGCCGAAGUUUCGAAAAACCAAGUUGAAGAUUCGUCUAGAGAAUUAGACUGGCUAAACAAUAAGAGUUUUCAGACUGGAGAUGCUCUUUCCCUUCACAGUCGUUUUUUAGAGAAGUCCAUCGAAAAGCCGAACAAGAGAGAGGAAAGUGUUGGAAAGGAUGUUACAUCCUCUAAUGAGGAAGAGAGGGGAAACGGUGAUGGGCCUCCAAAGAAGAAGAAAAAUAAAAGCGAAAAAAAGAGGAAAAAAAAGAAAAAGCAUAAAAAGAAGAGUGGAAGGCAUUCAAGCACCAGUGGAUCGGACUCUGAAACCAUCUAUCCCAGUGAUCUCAAAAGGGAGGAGGAUGGGUUAAGGCAAAAGUCUGCUUCAUUAGGAACUUGUUUUUCCUGGUUGGAUGACCUCCAGUCACCAACUGAGCAUCCGUUCUGUGUGGACUGUAAACCGGACCCGGCCAACUGGACUUAUAAGUCCCUGUACAGAGGAGAUGUAGCUAGAUAUAGGAGAAAAGGAAGCUCCACUUUGGGUCUGGACCUUCACAGGCAGGGAGUCAGCUGGGAGGAAUAUGAGACAAAAAAGAAGAAGAAGAAAGCCGGAGUCAGUGGAAACGCAGCUGACAGAUAUUUUUCCGUAGCCACUCGAAAGCUGCUGCGGGCUGAACCUCCUGUUUCUGUUUUACCUGCUAUGGCAAAAGGUUGUGAUGUAUCCAACACAACUUCCUUCCUCCCUCUGGGUAAUGUUGAACGGGACAACACGGGACACGAGUUAGGUGACAAAGCACCAACGUCAGUAAAUCCCCUUGGCGUGUAUGAUUCGUCCACUGCCCUCUGGCUGCAGGGUAAGGGACAGCAGGACAACCUGAACCAGAACACAGAGACAGAAGAAAAGUUUCGGUAUGUGGCUGGAAAGACCGAAGAGUUUAACCGGCGACUCAGGGAGCAGCCAGCAGAUACACAGCUGUGGAUAAAGUUCAUUCACUACCAGGAUGAGCUGAGUGCAGCUGCAUUUGGAGGUGAUGAAGAGCAGCAAGGUAGUGACUUAGCGGAGCACCGUAAGUCCUCUUACAGGGCAGUGCUGGAGAAAAAGCUGAGCAUUGCAGACAGAGCUGUGGAAACCAACCCCACCUGCAUCGCACUGCAGCUCGAGAGGCUCCAGAUCUGCCAGGAGCUCUGGGAACCCUCCACUUUAGCUAAAGAAUGGAAGAAACUGGUUUUCCUCCACCCAAACAGCGCCCCCUUGUGGAAGCAAUAUCUGCUUUUUACGCAGAGCUACUUCAGCAGCUUCACAGUGACAAAAGUCAACUCUGCAUACGGAAAGUGUCUGAGCACACUCAGUGCUGUAAGAGAUGGCAGCAUGGUGUCCCACCCAGCUUUGCCUGGAAUUGAGGAAGAUAUGCUGGAUAUCUUCACCCAGCAGUGUCAUUUCCUGCGUCAGUCUGGUCACUCUGAGAAGGCGAUUUCUCUGUUUCAGGCCAUGAUCGAUUUUACUUACUUCAAACCUGACAGUGUGAAAAACCUUUCCACAAAGCAGCAGGCUGAUUUCUUUGAGACAUUCUGGGACAGCGGAGAGGCGAGAGUUGGGGAGGUAGGGGCCAGGGGCUGGAAGGCCUGGAUGACCCAACAAGAGCGAGGAGGAUGGGUUCAACCCCCUGCAGAGGAAGAAGAAGAGGAGGAGGAUGAGGAUGAAGAGGAGGUAAAGGAUAGGACCCAGCCCAGAGGAACCGUCUGGUUGGAUGUGGAGUCGUCCCGUGAAGCAUCUCACUGGCUGCCCUGGAGACCUGACAAAGCAAAAGGCCAGUCAGAAGAGGACUGUGAGGACCCCGACAGACAGGUGCUGUUUGAUGACAUCGGUCCAUCCCUUAUUUGUCUGUCUUCAGCAGAACUCCAGCUUCGGUUCCUUCUCAGUGUCCUGUCCUUUCUGGGUUUUCCUGUAGACUUUUUGCUCUCUGCUGCCCCCUAUCAGCCUAGCUUGCUCCUGGAGAACCUCUCUCUGCUCACUCAAGGUACUGAGCUCCAUCGUCCUCUGACUUCCUUCAACCUCCCUGUUUUAGAGACAGGGAUUAACUCUGUAGGUCACAUGACCAGUCUCCAAGGAACAAGGAAGUGGUCGGGGCUUGGAAAGCAGGGCGAGAAAUUUCUCACCAACGUGUUCAGUAUGCUUCAGCCUGUCCUUGCUGCCCCUCAUCGAGCCGUUCUGUCACUCAGCUGGAUAUUGUAUGAGAAGCUCAAGGUUUUGCACAUUCUGCGCAGCAGCAACAAAAAGUGCCUUCGCUCCCAGGGAAAGAGCAGCAAGCGAGUUGCCAAAAGACUUCUGAAAGAACCUGAAAAUCGCUCUUCACUGGUGCUGUGGCGGGAGUACGCACACCUCGAGUGGAUGCUGUCGAACCUGGACGAGGCUCGGAAAGUGUUCUCUACAGCGACAGCAAUGGGAGGAACCAAGGGGCUGAGUAGUCCUGCUCUGUGUGAGUUGUGCCUCCUGUGGUCCCAGCUAGAGGUGGAGAAUACAGCAAAGGAGCUGGGAGGAGUUACUGAUGUAACAACAUCACCAGCUGUUGUGGUGCUGACCAGGCUGGCAGAAGGAACGUCUUCAUCUUCAUCCUCACAGACCCUUUCCCCAGUGUCCAUCCUGAAAGCCAGACGAUCCUAUGAGCAGUCUCUGAGCUCUAGCCUGUCAUCUCUGGAGAAACACAUCUGGAAUCCUCAGCUGGACAAAAAAGCGGACCAAGAUGACCCCGAGGAAGAGAAGCUGAGGUUAAGAGGCCUGGUUGGCUGCUAUGCUCUGUUUCAGUAUCUAACAGUGAGCAUCCAAGCUGCUAAUACUGUCUACAGUGAGGCCAGAGAGAGGAUGGAGGAACUGUACCGCUCAUUAACACCUGAAAGGCAGCUCAACCGCGAUGAAGCGACCAGCCUGCCGAGUCGUACUGUGCACAGGCAUCACGUCAGCUGGUUGGCCUCAGACUGUCAGGCAAUAGCAGUGCAACAGGCGGCACUGCUGAGAUACAACAAUAAUGUCGGUGUGUGUCCUUUGCCAACACUGAGACAGAUGCUUACCUCUGCCCUCUCAGCCUGGCCCACCAGUGCCCCCCUGUGGAGUGUAUACAUUCAGGUGGAAAACCGUUACCAUAGCGCUGGCCGGGCACGCCGUUUUUUCCACACUGUAACCAGAGAUAACAGCAGCCUGGUACCCCGUCUGUUUGCUAUUGUUGCUGAACAGCACAGAAGGCAGCUGGUGGAUGCAGCUCAGAGGUCUUGUCGCUUGGAUGAUGCCCUGCCCAUACUGCCAGAAAAUGGCCUCAGCAACCGAAUCCGAGCACUGUUCGAGGGCGCUGCAUCAACAGAAAUGGGUGCUCAUUGCCCUUUACUGUGGAGGAUGUACAUCCAUUUCCUGGUGUCAGAGGGGAAGGUAGAUAAAGCCAGGGGGAUCUUUUACAAGGCCUUGCAGAACAUUCCCUGGGCAAAGGGUUUGUAUAUGGAUGCGGUGCAGUUGUUCCCAGAGCACCUGCAGGAGUUUGUGGAUCUGAUGACGGAGAAGGAACUUCGACUAAGACUGCCUCUAGAAGAGCUGGAUAUCCUGCUAGAAGACUAAAAACACUCUUGAGAUACAAAGUUUUGAUGUUGAACUGUGAAGUGGGAGAGAUCCACAGAUGAAAAAGGAGAUAUUGAUAUUUGUUUUGUUUACGUGUUUUAGCACCUAAUUUGAUCAAUAAUAAAUAUAUAUAUAUAUAUAAAUAAUA